AUGAGGCUAGCUGCUACUAUCUGGGGUGCAUCUAUUGAGAAAGACAACGGAGCACAAGUUGCAAACAUCAAUGAAGACGGUCUGAAUAAGCAAAAGGGAGCACCCGAUUCUGAAGAAAAGAAGUCUACUAAGGGAAAAGAAAAUGUUCAAGCUAAAUUGAAUAAAGAGGUAUCCAAAAACAACAAAGUUAAGGUUAAAGGUGAGACAUCAGAUAAAUCAAAGGGGAAGAGUGAAAAAGAUGAUGAUGAAGAAAAGGAUAAAUCAGAGGAAAAAGAUCAGACCGUCAGUGAUAUCAAGAUACCUCCAAUGUUAACGAUGGAUACCUUUGAUAAAGAAGUUGGCAAAACUUUAACAUUAGUCGAAUUCUUUUCUCCUUUAUGCUCUCAUUGUAAACAUUUUGCCCCCACAUGGGAAAAGAUUUACAGGGAAUUCAAGCCAGAAAUGGAGAGGUUGCAAAUUGACAUGAGACAAGUCGAUUGUGUGGUGUCUGGUGAUUUGUGCAAUCGUGAACAAGUGAUGGCGUACCCGGAUUUGAGAUUGUACCAUUCAAAUCCUAAUGCAGAUGUUAAAUCAAGCGCUGAAGACGACAAAGAUAGGAAUAAUAAAAAAAAGAAGAAGAAGGAAAGUACCUCUAAACAUUUGGCGACAUUUCCUAAAGGAAGACUUAGAACAGAAGAAAAUAUCAAAAAGUUUUUACGUAAUUCAGCAUCUGAAUAUAAUGAUGGAAUUGAUAUUAUGAGUUCCUCGAAGAUGUUAAAUACUGACGAGCUACUUCAUAUUGCAUCUGGAGCAAUUGACGAACCAUAUUUUGUUGCCUUUUUUCCAUGCACUGAAAAGGAAUGGAAAGAUACAGAUAAAACAGGUAAGAGCAUGUUUAGCAGAAACUGCCUAGAGUGUGGUUCCAGUAAAUUAAUUUGGGACAAAUUAUCAAACAAAGUACCAAUGAAAACAGGUCAUUUUUCGUGUCUCACAAACCCUAAUGCUUGCAUAUCUUUUGACCUCGCUUCUUCAACUUAUUCUGAUAACGAAUCAACUCCCAAAUAUAUGAUGUUCUUACCUAAGAAAGUGGCUCACGUGGGUAAGAUUGAUUAUAAGAAACCAAUUGCUACUUUUAAAGGGUUGAAACUGUUUGCGGAGAAAAUCUACAGUAACUAUCACUAUAGAUUGUCUUCAGGCGAAACAUUGCGGAGAGAUAAGACAGUCGUCACCGAAUUAUCAGAUCCUAUUGAAUACGAAUAUCCAUUAGAAAAUAAGAUUUCUUUAGUUUAUUACCAUGAUCAAACCAUUGUUGAAGAGGAUAAAUCAUUAUUACCAUACAUAUUGGAAUAUAUUGCUGAUUCUCCAUUCAAUUUCGACUUGAGAAUUUGCAAGUUUGAUAACGUGGAAAAGCUCUUGAAUGAACAAAAUCAUGCUAUUGUUAACUAUGCUAAUCUUUUGCAAAAAGAUGAAGCUAAAAAAAUUGAAUAUGAUGAAAAAAUGAACAUUAUGACUGGAUAUACCACCAAACCCACUUUGUUGAUGUUUCAUGAAAACAGCUUAAUAAAUCACGUUUUCCAUAGUUAUGCCCCUGAAGAUAUUAGAAGUUUCAAGAAGGUUAAGAAAUUCCUUGAUUUAAAUAAGUUUCCAUUGCACCAAGAAUUGACACCUGCCCUUAUUCCCCAAUAUUUCAAUCCUAAAGCUAAAAAGCAGGAUGAUCUUCAAGGUAAAGUAGUUGUUGUAUUUUUAGAUACUAAAGACGAGAAGCAAACAAAUGAUGCAUUAUCCAAGAUAGCUUUAGCAGCACAUUCUUAUCAUUUAUCACAUCAAAAAUAUUAUUAUGAUGAGGUUCUCGAAGGUAGAAAGUUGAAGAUUGAAAAGACGAAAAAAUUAAAGCUAAAGAAACAAAAAGGGGACAAUAGCGUUGAUGUUGUCUCUGCUAUGAAGGAAGAAGUACCUCAUAAUUUUGAUUUAAACAGAGUUCUGUUUGUUUUUAUUGAUUUAUCAUCCGAUGUUUUUGCCGAAGAGGGUAGCAUCUGGAACAUUGAUAAUAAGCAAUACGCAAAAGGCGAUGCGGUUAUCUUAUCUAAUGACAACAAAUAUAUGUGGGAGACUGAUUUGAAUGGUACCCGAUUAAGAAAUGAUCCUGAAAGAGUCACGGAAGUUCUUUUAUCCUUGCUAGAUCCCAAUUUAGCCAAUGGUAGGAAAGCAGCAUGGAGAUUGGUAGGUAGUCCCUUUAAUAACUCUGUUCCUUUUAUGAACUAUAUUCAUAUGCAUGGAUUCCUUGGGUAUUUGGGUCUUUUCAUUGCACUUUGGAGCUGUUUGAGCCUCCUAAGAGGAAGUCGAAGAAGAAGAAGAAGCAGACAUAAUGGAAAUUCUUCUCUGGUUAGACAAGGGAUUAUUGGGAAUCACAUCAACAGUCCCAAAAAGGAUUGA